CAAUUUGACAAUACUCAUUUAUUUAUACAUUCAAAUAUGUGGCGCAAUUCAUUAAAUAUAUUUAAACUUUUAACAAACAGCCCUAAACCACUAAUAAACCCUACCAAUAAUUCAUCAAGUAGCCUGUCGCUUUCGAAGUCCCUCCAACGGAACAUCCAGCUCUCGUCAUGCUUGCGAAUGUUCAUACAAACUCAAGACACUCCGAAUCCCAACAGCCUGAAAUUCCUGCCGGGAGUCAACGUUCUGGACAACGGACAAACGAUGGAUUUUCCGAACGGACAAGCGGCCCACUGCUCCCCGUUAGCGAAGCUGUUGUUCAGGAUCGAAGGCGUCAAGAGCGUGUUUCUCGGCCCUAAUUUCAUCACAGUCACCAAAUCCGACGACGACGAAGCGAAAUGGAAUUUAUUAAAACCAGAAAUCUUCGCGACAAUUAUGGAUUUCUUCGCCAGCGGGCUGCCCAUUGUUAACGAAUCCACACCCAGUCAAGAUACCCAAAUCAACGAAGACGACGACGAAACGGUGCAAAUGAUUAAAGAACUGUUGGACACAAAAAUCAGGCCGACGGUUCAAGAGGACGGGGGCGACAUCGUUUUCGUAUCGUACGAAGACGGUAUAGUAAAACUGAAAAUGCAAGGGGCUUGCUCGAGCUGCCCGAGCUCGGUAGUUACGUUAAAAAACGGCGUGCAAAACAUGAUGCAAUUUUACAUACCCGAAGUGCUCGGCGUCGAGCAAGUUCUAGACGAAGCCGACAAACUAUCCGAAAGUUAUUUCAAGAAAAUCGAAGAGAACAUAAUGAUUAGGGAUUUAGAUAAAAAAUAACUAGGCUAAUGAUAAUAUAAAUUUAACUUAAUAAGUACUAAGCAGUCCAUUUUAAACACCUCGUUUCUAUAUGAACGUCCAUACACCGAAUGCUGCAGUACCUCGUACCGCACGAUAGACAAGAAUACUGGGCUACGAAGCCGCAUACGGCGCAGAAGCGCCUCGGGGGUAUCGAAGACUCCUCGCAUUGUAUAUCCAUGUAAGACACCCGUUUGGCCGACUCCGCAUCGGCCCGGUCCUCGUCGAGCAGCUGCUGGAAGUUCUUGCGGUACUUGAACUGGUAGUAAUCGGUCGUGCGCUCCUUCUUCUUGGUGCGCGUGCUGCGGUGCUCGAGGUUGUCCUCGAACUUGGGCACCUUCUUGCUCAUGACCAGGUCGGCGUGGGGAUCGUCGUGGUAGUUGUCGGACUCGAGCAGCUCCAUCAUCUUGCGCUGGCGGCGCUUGCGGGACGUCUCGUCGACGAUGCGCCGCUUGUCGAGCUCCCUGAUGCGGUUGGAGCCCCGCAGGGUGGAUUUCGAGAUCGUCAUGGUUGAGGGGUGGGUGUUUAGGCGGUUUUCUCGGCUAACGGGAAGCUGAUUUGGUCCAUUAAAUCGUCGAUUUUCGCUUGGAGGAGGUCCAGGAUGUCCGCCGAUAUGAACAAAUGGUGCUCGUCUAGGUCUUGUAUUAUGAAUUUUCUACCUAAUUUCAGCGUUUCGUCGAGACGUAGUAGGAAUUGUUUCAUGGCCGGAUCGCUGGAAUUAAUCAUUUUAGUCGUUUUGUUUGAGUAAAUUGUAAAUUAUUACCAUUUUACGAGGACGCCUUUCAUAACAUUUACCAUCGCGACUUACGACAUUUGAC